AGAGCCAAAAACCAAAGACCAAGAAUAAAGCAAAGAGAGAAUUUUACAAUAAGAUUCUUGCUUUCAACACCACAGAAAAAAGUGGGAAAACAAGGACAUCACAACUUAUUAGCUCAACUUGGAAGACCAAAGAAAAAGAAUUAAUUCCUUCUCUUUUUUCUUUAUUUCAAUUUUCUUUUUGUCAAUUUAUAUCUUGAAAAGGCAACCAUGGCAGAAGAAUUUCAGAUAGGAAGUGGAAACUGGUGGGAAUCUUCUUCAUCAACAACUAGGAAUAGGUUUUUUGAUAGUGGAAUAAUAUCAUUAUCAUCAUCUACUACUACUCCUUCCACAUCCACCGCACUAAGUAGCAAUAUGGCAAGCAACUUUGGUAAUUGGCCGACAAAUAUUGUGGACAUCAAGAAUAGGUCUUCCUUGGAUUCUGAGUCGGUAUCUGAAGACGUAAGGCGAGACGUUUCAUCUGAUCCCAACUUACAAAUGAUGGGCUUAGGCCUUAAUCGCAACCAAACUUUAUUCAAGGGUACUACAAAUCAUCACCAAGAAGCAUCAUCUGAACAUCAAGAUCAUCAUUGGAGACAAACAAUAUAUUCUGGGAAUUCUGAGGAUUCUUCUGUUAAUGAUUAUAAUAAGGGCUUAUCUUUACAUCAUCAAUCAUUAUACAGUUCAAAUCUUGAAAACGCCGCUUAUGGAAGCAGCCAUUCAAAUAUGAUGCAAGGAGUUUAUCCUCCCUAUAAUCAAUCAAAUUAUCAUCAGUUUCUCCGAUCAUCCCCUCCGAAUCAGCAGCCGCAGUUACAUUUCUCGAAUAAUACUCCACUCUGGAAUGGCACUGCAGAUGCCAUGAACGAUGUCCGCUCAAGUUUUUUCCCUUCUUUACCUGUACAACUUCCUAACCAAACGGCUGAUGAGAAACCAAAGGUUACAACAGAAGUUAGGGAUGCAAAUAGUAUAGCAAAGAAAACUACAAGUGAUACUUCAAGUAAAAGACCGCGGAACGAAACGCCAUCUCCUGUGCCAGCUUUUAAGGUGAGGAAAGAGAAGAUGGGAGACAGAAUCACUGCACUUCAACAGUUAGUCUCACCUUUUGGAAAGACUGAUACAGCUUCUGUGCUCUCUGAAGUAAUCGAGUAUAUAAAAUUCCUCCACGAGCAAGCUACUAUGCUAAGCAACCCAUACAUCAAAAGUGGAGCUUCAAUGCAGCAUCCACAGAAUUUUGAUAAAUCCAACGAUAGAAAGCAAGAUCUUAGAAGUCGAGGACUAUGUUUGGUACCAGUUUCUAGCACGUUUCCUGUAACUAAUGAAACAACAAUAGAUUUUUGGACUCCUAAUUCAUUUGGAGGAGCAUUCAGAUAAUCACAAGGGCCCAAGAAGAAGGCAUGCAUGCAACAUCAUAUAGUCAUCAGUUAUACUGAUAAUGUAAAAAUCUUUUACGCUAAUAAUUUAUAUUUCCUCCGUUUUAAUUUAUGUGAAUUUUUUUAGUUUGCUUAAAAAGUUAAUCCUUUUUUAGAGAUUUAAAAAUAAUUUAAACUAAUUUCUCAUUUUACCUUUAUUAAGAAGCUUUUAAAGCAAACAAGUGUUAUGACAUAUUUAACAUAAAUUUAAUUUUAAUUAUAGCCUUAAAAAUAUUAUGGCAUGUAUAAGAUCACAAGUUUUAAAACAAAUUUUUAAGCUAAGCUCAUGCUCGGUAAAAAUAACUUUACAUAAAUUGAAACGGAGGGGUAGAAUUUAUAUACGCAUUAUAUUGUUCCACUAGUCAUUCCUACGAUCUCAUUCAACUCCCACACAAGUGGAGGAUGAAAAGAAAAGGGCACAAAAUUGGAACCAAAAAUAGUACUCUACUAUAUAUACCUGGCCAGGGGUGCAAGGAGUGUCAAUCGAAUCCUCUUCAUCGGAAAAUUGCACUAUAUAUAAGGGGUCAAAUUUUUUAUUCAUGUAUAAAUAUUACCUUUAACAUAAUGGAGAACUCAGUUCAAUGGCUGAGGUGCCUACUAUUGAGCCC